ACGAGGCGAUUCUGCAGUAAACACGCCGCCGUGUAAACUAACUCCUGUCUCUUUAGUGAAAUUCAAGUAGUUACUCCGUUUGUAUCGCUAUACAUUUUAAUUUAAAAGUCAAACAUAGAGUUAAAGUGUCUGUUAAGCUCAGUUUUUUAUCGCUUUACUCCGUGACGGUUAAAAAAAGUAUGUCGGACGCUUUGUCUGAUGAUGGCAGCGACGUCCACCAAGAUGACAGCCAGGAGGAUGUUAUGACCCCGGCGGAGCUGAUCGCCAAACUGGAAGAGGCUUGGCUGAAUGAGAAGUUCUCACCGGAGCUGCUGGAGAACAAAUCCGAGGUGGUGGAGUGUGUGAUGGAGCAGCUGACUCACAUGGAAGCCAACCUGCAGCGGGUGAAGAAAGGUGACACGAAGGCCAGCAUCCAUCGCAUGGAAAUAGACAGGAUCCGCUUUGUGCUCAGCAGCUACCUGCGCUCUCGUCUGCAGAAGAUUGAAAAGUUUUUCCCGCACGUCCUGGAGAGAGAAAAGUCUCGAGGGGAGGGAGAUCCGUCGCUGCUUUCACCCGAGGAGUUCGCCUUUGCCAAAGAGUACUAUGCCAACACGGAGACCUACCUGAAGGCUGUAGCACUGAAGCGCAUGCCCCCCAACCUGCAGACAGUAGAUCUGCUCAAAGCAGUGCCUGAGCCCUGCCUGGACUCCUUUGUGUUUUUGCGAGUCAAGGAGACACAGGAAAACAUCUUGGUUGAGCCUGAAGCAGACGAUCAGAGAGAGUAUGUUGUGGAUCUUGAGGAAGGCUCUCAGCACCUGAUGCGAUAUCGAACUAUAGCACCAUUUGUUUCAAGUGGAGCUGUGCAGUUAAUAUGAAUGUCGAGGUCUUUCUGUUGGUGAGGGUGUUUUUGGCUCCAGGAGGUCAGAAAAUGAGCAGUACUUUAUUCUUUGUAACAUUCCAGUAAUGAGGAAGAUUACCAUGCAGAGAUUGUGCCCAUCUUUCUCACUGGUGUCAAGAUUAUGCACUAAUUUGUGGGGUGCAAACACACAUUCUUGGCGCCAUGUCUUCAAGCCAGCACUGCGCUCGCUGGCGAACGAACCCUGGUGCACCAAAGCAGUUAUUUUUGGACCUAUUGAAAUCAUGUCACAACAUACGUUUGGUUACAUAAUCAUAAUCAUUGUGGUGUGUUACUGUCCUGUUUAAUCUGCUAAUUCAUCAUUCCUUCUGUUACUUUAUCUACAUGACUCAUGUUAUUAGACUUUUCCCUCUGCUGCUCAAUAACAAGAUGCAUCAAAUGACCCGAAGGUGAAAUUUCAUCAGUUCACUUGGCAUUGUAGUGCUCACCAUCCCAAAGUGCGCCUCUUCAUGUGUGUGCGUGUUUAAAAGGACGUUGUUUCUUUUGAUCACCAUAUUUUAGAGACAUUCACACUUACGUUAAUAUGCAUUUCUGUUAUUAUAAAUAAUGGAAACCCUUUUAAUGUCCAUCUCUUCACCUUGGCUACCAAAUGCAGAAUUGCAUUUCAACACUGCUUCAAGGUUUAAAGUUUCUUGUGGGUGGUUGUGUUUUUAGUCAUACCCUAAAAGGAUGCGUGGAACAGUCUUUCUCCGGGACAUAAUUGUUAUAAUGGCAUUGUUAUGUAAGCGUUCAGAGGGAGCAAUCAGUGUUCAUUGUUUGCCCUCACACAAAUUGCUCAGUAAUUGGAACUAAUAGGGGACUAAGGGAGAGUGGGCUUCACAAAACUGAACUAUGUGUCAGCUAACUGAUGUCUUUGGGUCUUUUGAGCUGCACUGCUGAUCUAGCCAAUGUGGAAUCCCAUUACCCAGUGUUUUUGGGAGAUAAGGAAUAAUUCACUUUUUAUGAAGAGAGAUGAUCUAACCAGGAAAACAAGUUAGGUAAGACAGCUGAUGAUACACAGAGAAGCUUUUAGGGUGCAUGAAUGCUGUUGUUCAUAUUAAUAUGUUGGAAAAUAAAAUCAGUUUUCUUGAAAAUGUUGAUUUGAGAAGAAUAAAAACUUUUGUAAAUGA